CUCUCUCUCUCUCUCUCAAUCCCAGCCUUCGCUUUCAGUUUCUCUCUCUAUAUCAGCCUAUACAAGCACAGAUUUCCUCUGUCUGUCUCUCCCCCUCGGUGGUAUCGAAUAAGGGCGAGGUUAUCAAGAUCGAAUAUCAACAUCUGUGUGUGUUUGUUUAUAUGUGUAUCUAUCGUUUUCGAGUGAACUUUGAAGAAUAGGGAAAGCGGAAGAGGAAGACGAUUUACUUCCGAUUCUCUCAGCACUGUUGCUUCCAACGUUCUCUCUACUGAUCCAUCUGUGGAUGAGUGAAAAUCUUAUACACUUAUCAGUUUGUGUUUCUUCAGAUCCGUCAAGUUCCUCAUUAAUCUUAGAGCUGACUUUACUUGGAGAUCUUAAUCAUACCUGAUUGAAGCAUGUGCAGUGGCCCUGAUCAAUCAAAAUCAACAUCGACAACGGUAGAGAACAAAUCUAACACAAGAGGUAUGAGUAAAUUAACUGUGGAUACUGAGGAUUCUUUUUCCAGUUUACUUGAGCUUGCUGCAAACAAUGAUUUCGAGGUUUUUAAACAAUCGAUUGAGCGUGAUGCUUGUGGAAUUGAUGAGGUUGGACUUUGGUAUGUACGCAAGAAAGGCUCGAAAUCUAUAGUCCUUGAGCAUAGAACUCCCCUAAUGGUUGCUGCUACAUUUGGUAGUGUUGAUGUGUUGAAGCUAAUUAUCUCCCAGCCUGAUGUUGAUGUGAAUCGCACUUGUGGCCCAGAUAAGUGCACUGCCCUUCACUGUGCUGCCUCCGGUGGCUCUGUUAAUGCUGUUGACAUUGUAAAGCUGCUUUUAUCAGUGGGUGCAGAUACAAAUAUUGAAGAUGCCAAUGGUCACCGCCCGUUUGAUGUGAUCAUUGUCCCUCCAAAGCUCCAAGGGAUUAGAGCUGUGCUUGAAGAAUUGCUUAUUAACAACUUCUCUGAUGGCUCAGUUGGCGAAGGCAAUUUACGUUUGUCCAUCACUACUUCAAACUCCUCCUCGCCAACCCUCUCUUCAUCGCCAGAAAAUGGGUCCCCAUCUUAUCCCUCCGAGUCUUUGUCCUCUCCAAUGGCAUCUAAAUUCAGUGAUGUUCCUGGAAAUUUUACUUCGGAGAAGAAAGAAUACCCAAUUGAUCCAUCUCUCCCUGAUAUCAAGAACAGCAUAUAUUCAACUGAUGAGUUCCGUAUGUUCUCAUUCAAGGUCCGGCCGUGUUCGAGGGCUUACUCCCAUGAUUGGACUGAAUGCCCUUUUGUUCACCCGGGGGAGAAUGCUCGCAGAAGAGAUCCACGGAAAUACCAUUACAGUUGUGUUCCUUGUCCUGAGUUUCGCAAGGGCACAUGUAGGCGAGGUGAUAUGUGUGAAUAUGCUCAUGGCGUGUUUGAGUGCUGGCUACACCCUGCUCAAUACCGAACUAGGCUGUGCAAGGAUGGCACAAGCUGUGCAAGGCGAGUGUGCUUUUUUGCCCACACAGCUGAGGAACUUCGGCCCCUUUAUGUCUCUACUGGAUCUGCGGUUCCAUCUCCUCGGUCAUCUGCAUUGGCUGCUAGUGCUAUGGACAUGGCUGCUGCAUUGAGCCUCUUACCCGGCUCGCCCUCAUCACACACUGUGAUGUCUCCUUCUGCAUUCAAUCAUCCCAUGUCUCCAACGGCAAAUGGAAUUUCACACACAUCUUUGGGUUGGCCUCAACCAAAUGUUCCAACCCUCCAUUUGCCUGGAAGCAACCUCCAAUCAAGUCGCCUGAGAUCUUCUCUUAAUGCUCGAGACAUCCAUCAUGAGGAUCUUAGUAUGUUGCAGGAUUUUGAGGCCCAGCAAUUAAUACUAAGGGAUUUGUCAUGUCUCUCACAGUCCCGUCCUAGUUCUAUUUCUUUGAACCAAUCGGGCCGGUCCAAAACACUAAUUCCUUCAAACCUUGACGAGCUUUUUUCUGUUGAAAUAUCCUCUUCGCCCAGGUAUUCUGAUCAGGCAGCCGCUUCUGGUGUUUUUUCCCCGUCGCAGAAGUCAGCUGUUCUCAAUCAGUUUCAACAGCAGCAGAACAUGCUUUCUCCAAUUAAUACUAAUGUUUUCUCCCCGAAAAAUGUUGAGCACCCGCUUUUGCAGGCUUCCUUUGGUGUCUCAUCUCCCGGAAGAACAUCGCCUAGAAGUGUGGAGCCCAUAUCCCCAAUGGGUGCUCGGCUCUCUGCGUUUGCUCAACGAGAGACGCAGUAUCAACAAUUGCGCAGCCUCAGCUCCCGGGAUCUUGGAUCCAACAAUGGCCCCGUUGUCAGGUCUCCUAUGAAUUCUAGUUGGUCAAAAUGGGGAUCCCCUAAUGGAAAAGUAGAUUGGUCUGUUAAUGGAGGUGAACCAGGUCGCAUGCGGAGGUCAAAUUCUUUUGAGCUCAAUAACAAUGGAGAAGAGCCUGACCUGUCAUGGGUCCAAUCUCUUGUCAAGGAAUCACCACCUGAGAUGAAAGACAAGCUUGCAGUUCCAAUUUCUGUUGCUGUGCCAUCCGGUGAGGGUUCGAAAUCCAAUUCUCAAAUUGAUUCUGUUGAUCAUUCAGUUUUAGGAGCUUGGCUUGAUCAGAUGCAACUUGAUCAGCUUGUAGCUUAGUGAAAAAUUGAAUUCAUUCUCUCUUUAGUGAGAUUAAACAAAACCUAGGAAGUAAACAUAUUCUUUUGGGAUAUUUUUGGCUGGUGUGGAAGAUGAUUUUCAAAAGGUAAGAGUUGAAUUUGUGAAGCGUCUGAAGGAUAAAAAGAUGGCUGAAAUGUUUCAGGAGGGUUAUUUAAAUUUUAUCAUUUACUGUUAUUGUUUGACAGCAGAGGAAGAUGAUGAUGAAGAGAUCUGUAUCUGGGCUGUAUUAAAGAAACCCAGUCCAGGUUGGGUGUAUUUGAUUCAGUGUUUUUAGAACUAUUUUUUUCCUCCCUUUUAUUUCCUCUUCAAGGGGAGGAAAAAGGGUUUACUGCCAUGAAAACUAUAAGCUUUUUAUUUUCUGAUGUCUUAAUUUUUUGUUUUUUUAACAUUACCUUUUCGUUGUAAGGAGGGCUUUGUUUGGUUUUGUGGUAUCGGUGAUAAUGCCUUCCAUUUCAGAAAGCAUUACCAGAGGGUCCAGUAGUAUUGGAAAGGGUGGUGGCAAUAUGUUCUUUUGAUGAUGUAAAACUGAAUUAAAGUUAUUAUUUUAAUACAUUCAGCCUCUUUUUUUUU